AGCUUGGAAACCAACAUAAAAUUACUUUCCACAUUGUUACUUUGUACCUAAAUUUGCUAUGUGUGGUUUAGCGUUUUUACUUCUGCUUCCCAUUUAUUUUUAACUGUUGCCACGUUAAAAUGACCGAGCCGCUGACCUCUUCCCCUGCUGACCUGACUUAAGUGGCUCCGUGCUUCUCUCCGGACGGUCCCUUCACACAAAGCGAACGCCCUUGCGCGAGGACAGCCUAUCAGGUUGACUCCCUGGUUAGCACACAGCUCUGGCACAACAACAGCUCCCCUCCCUCGGACUGCUUCCUGCUUCUUCGCAGCACAACAGACGACAAACACGGCGUUUAAAAUGUCAAACUAGCCGAAGCUAGCUUUUCUUUUUUUGGUAGGUGCUGUAUUUAUUAGGACGUCGGCGUCGGCCCAGGUUAGUGGUAAUAGCGGCUGCUGACGCGUCGUUAGCUUUUAGCUGAACGUAGCUAACAUCGGCGAUCCAACGGAGAAAGAUGGGCUCCAUCCUGAGUCGCAGAAUCGCUGGGGUUGAGGACAUCGAUAUCCAGGCCAACUCGGCCUAUCGAUUCCCACCUAAAUCUGGGAAUUACUUUGCCAGCCACUUCUUCAUGGGAGGAGAGAAAUUCGACACACCACAUCCAGAAGGAUACCUUUUCGGGGAAAACAUGGACUUGAAUUUUCUCGGAAAUAGGCCAGUGCAGUUUCCGUAUGUGACGCCUGCGCCCCAUGAGCCUGUGAAAACCCUGAGGAGUCUGGUCAACAUCAGAAAGGACUCUCUGCGUUUGGUCAGGUAUAAAGAUGACUCUGACACACCAGUGGAGGACGGUGGCAAACCAAAAGUCCAGUAUGGUGUGGAGUUCACCUUUGACGCUGAUGCUCGGGUGGCCAUCACCCUCUACUGCCAGGCCUUUGAGGAGUUCUCCAACGGGAUGGCUGUGUACAGUCCAAAGGAUCCAUUAUUGGCCUCUGAAACUGUGCAUUACAAGCGGGGGGUGAGCCAACAGUUCUCCAUGCCGUCUUUUAAAAUUGACUUCAGCGAGUGGAAAGAGGAGGAUCUGAACUUUGACCUCGACCGAGGAGUGUUUCCUAUGGUGAUCCAAGCUGUGGUUGAUGAAGGGGACGAUUGCCUUGGACAUGCCCAUGUACUACUGGCAGCCUUUGAAAGACACGUUGAUGGCAGUUUCUCUGUGAAGCCCCUGAAGCAGAAGCAAAUUGUGGAUCGUGUGAGCUACCUCUUACAAGAGAUCUAUGGGAUUGAGAACAAAAACAACCAAGAAACCAAGCCAUCCGAUGACGAAAACAGUGACAACAGCAACGAGUGUGUUGUGUGUUUGUCGGACCUGCGAGACACACUCAUCCUGCCCUGCAGACAUUUGUGUCUCUGCAACUCCUGUGCAGACACGCUGCGUUACCAGGCCAACAACUGUCCCAUCUGCAGGCUGCCCUUCAGAGCUUUGCUGCAGAUCAGAGCUGUGAGGAAAAAGCCUGGUGCUCUUUCUCCCGUGUCCUUCAGUCCCGUUCUGGCUCAGACUAUGGACCACGACGAGCACUCGAGCUCUGACUCGGUUCCUCCUGGCUUUGAACCUAUCUCGCUGUUGGAGGCUCUGAACGGUCUGCGGUCGGUUUCCCCCCCCAUCCCGUCUGUCCCCCUCUAUGAUGAAAUCAACUUCUCGGGGGGUCUGGGGGGUGACAACAGACAGCUGAGCUCCCCAGAGCAUUUGAGCGAUGGAAGCCUGCAGAAAGGCAAAGUCAGCAAGUCACCCGACAGCACCCUCAGAUCUCCAUCGUCUCCCAUCCAGGAGGAGGAUGAGGAGAAGCUGUCGGAGAUGUCAGAUGCUCAGCCGCACACGAUGCUGUCCAGCAGCCCCGCCCCCACAGACGCCACAGCGACCGAGGAUGUGGCAGAAUCCCUUUCUCCAGAUGACGAGGACAGGAUGCACUCUGGAGGAGACAUCCUGCAGGACUGCAGCAGUGAACACAGCAGCUUGACCAAAACGGAGAGCGACCCGCCGGGUGACCUGUCUCUGCCAGCUCUAGGUCCCGAUUCCUGCUCUAUUGGUUUGGAGGAGUAACUGUGGUUCUUCGGAGUCGACAGAAAGCCUGAAAAGUCAGAGCACAAACUGCUCCAGCCAGCCUCUCCUGUGUCCUACGAGCAGCCUUCACAUGGAAGAUGAACACCUCAACCCGUGACUCUGAUCCAGCUUUUCUUCACAAAGAUCAUUCACUCCAUUCCUUCCUUCCACCCCCCACCCACCCACCCACCCAGCCGGCCAGCCAGCCAGCCAGUCUACCCAGUCUUCUGCUCGUGUGAUUACAGCCGACAACGGCCAAGUAAGGAAGGACGAGGGAGGACUCUGUUUAUUCCAUCACUGUCUCUUCUCGACAUUACAAAACAAAUUCGACCGCGGCAACGCGGAGGUUUUUGCUACCUUACUCUUAUGACUCAUCUUUAAAAAGAUAUAUUGUUUCCCCGGCUCUGAAAACAUUUCAUUAGUACCUGCGUGUUGUGUGGCUCUCGACCAGAGUUAAAGUCUUAAUAACGUCGGUUCCAGAGAUUUCUCACUGCCUUUCGUGGUGGUGCCUUUAAGCACACUUACUUUCACUUAACUCUGUAUCCAUUUCUUGACACUAAAUCGCGAAGAAUUUAUAAAAUGUAGUUUGUUCUCAGAUAUCAGCUGCGACGUUAGGCAUAGUAACUCGAGGACUGUUUCCCUGUCCGCUUGAUUUGCUUUAUAUAUUUGUGUUACUUGUGUAUCUUUGUGUAAAAAGUGAAGUGAUUUUGCGCCUGACAAAAUCCAUUCCUUAUAACAAAAGUAUAUAAUGAGAUUAGUUUAAGCUGUCUGCUGUCUUAAACAACGCUACGUCUGUUUUCUUACUUCAAAUGAUGAUGUGAUAUCUGUGUGUAAUAACUACCAGGAUUCUACAUAGUUCCUCCUAAAAUUGUCCACUUGCAUAUUAUAUAGAAAACAAACCCUGCAACUGAAGUGACGUAACUAGGUUCAGUUAACAUGCACAUUAUUUCAAAUAAAUCACAGCUGAACUCAAAGAUGGCUAAAGCCUGCAACAAGCAUAGAUCCUCCAUCUACGUGUGUGCUGACUUAGUGUGACACAGUAAGCGUGCUUGGCGUAGAUGUGGCAGGUCUCUGUACAGUUGUCCUUCUUUUUUUUUUUUUUUUUUUUUGUGGCGACGCCUGUGUCCGCUUAUGUGAUGUGGCUGCAAAAAAAAGGGGGCCACGAGUUCGUGUGGCUGCUGCGCCUUUUACUUACCUUGGUCCUGUAUGAGUAGCGCCAUGCAUAUAGAUCUAUAUGUGCCUUGAAGUAAUAUGGCUGCCUGCUUGUCGCAAUGGACAUUAGUGGUCUUAAACAAUUCUACGAUAUACACAGCAGUUUCAGCCCCAUUGUUUGAUUUUUUUAUUUUUAUUUUUUUUGAUGCCGAUGUACAGAGCCUUUUUUUCUAUCGCAAACUUCAUGCUACUGGAAAAAAAAAUGAUCUCGUUAUUGUUAUCGAGCAAUAUUCGAUUGGAACGGUUCAUUCACUAUGUCACGGCCACGCGUCAGUUUAUGCAUUUAAUAUUAGUACUUAGGUUUAAGUGGACUCUUGUAACGUACGUGUUAUUGGAAGGAACACAUCCAAUGCAAUAGGUGCAAACUUUGCAUUUUAAUAACUGGGCUCGCAUUUUGCAUGUGAAUUCGUGGAGGCCCCGAACCUCUCAAUGCUUUUAAGUAAUGUGCUUAUUUUGUCCCCCCCUCCCCUCCCCUCCCCUCCCCUCCCCUCCCCUUCUGUGCCAUUUCAACUUGACACUGUGCCUUCCUGUUCUGACCACUAUUGACCUGGUAUCCAGGAUAACUCCACAGUAGGUGGUUUGUGGCUCUCUGUAGAAUCAAUACUUGUCUCUCCUCGUGUGUACAGCAGCAUGUGUAUAACAAUAAAGAACAAAGAUCCAGUACUUCAA